GACGAUCCCACAAAAAAAUAAAAAAAUAGGAAGGAAAGAAAGAAAAGCAAAAGAAACAGUUGGCAACAGCUGUAUGGCACCUAAAAGGCCGAAGACACCCUGUUCCAACAAACGGUCGGGGGCAGCUUUGGACAGCCUCAAAAUGGUGCCUUUGUGCACGAAGUUAAAGCAACGGUCUCAGCACCUAUAUAAGCUACACUUGUGUCACCCCAUAAUCGCCUGGCCCUCAAUUGUUCUCCUCACAUUCUCCUUUGUUCCCUCUAGACAUUUCAAUUUCUCAAACUUUCUCAGGAAAAUUUUCAGAAAUCAACAAUGGAGGCAUUGAAGAUGAGACUGUUCUUGGCCGUCGUGGUUGUCUUGAUGGCGGUAUCUACCGUCCAAAAUGUUGCAGCCAGCGACGCCCCUGCGCCCGCCCCAACCUCUGAUGCCACAACCUUUGUUCCAGCAGCCUUUGCUUCUGUUGUGGCUCUCGCAUUUGGCCUUCUUUUCUGAAUGGAUUUUCUGCCUUACACCAACACUUUAUUUUAUGAUCUUAUCUUUGAUUUAUGUAAAGUUCAUUGUUCAUUCCCCUCAAGUUCUAUUCCUUUCUCUCAAUGGAAUUAUUGGAGUAUGAUUGCAGUGUGAGAUUGAGGAAGAAAAAGGGUUGAGAUUUCACUUUCAAAUUUUGUUUUAUUUUAUUUUUCUUAUUUUGUUGCGAGGAUUUGUCCAAUUAUUGAUAAUUUUUGUUUUUCUAUCACCGUUUCUUGUAUAUUUGAUGUGAUUUGUUUGUUUGUCCCAAAUGAACCAUUUAUUAUUUU